CAACAAAAAGAGAUUUUUUUCUCCCCAUUUUCCUCCAUAACCAUGAGUGAAAAACCAGAAGAAAACACGAAAGUAGAAGAAUCCCAUGAACCAUUAGAUGAUGAAUCACAAGGCAAACCAGGUGAUGAUGGUGAUCAUCAUCAUCAACAACCUUGUGCAAAUGAACCACCAUCUUCAUCGGAGGAAGAAGAAGAUAAAAAGCAAUGGGGAACUCACGUCAUGGGGCCACCGGCGACGCCUGUUUCUCACCCGGAUAACCAAAAGGCCGCUGCUUCGUGGACAGCCGGUGACCACCAGCGAGUCUAUGAGCUGCCUUACCUCGUUUACUCGCCGGAGCCGGAGAAACCGGCGCCGAAUUCAUUCGAGCUUGCGAUUAAUGUGUUCAAUGGUUGGAGUAGGAAGGCCGAGACCGUCGCCCGCAACAUCUGGCACAAUCUGAAAACUGGACCGUCGGUGACGGAUGCUGCAUGGGGCAAAGUAAACCUGACGGCGAAAGCAAUAACGGAGGGCGGAUUCGAGUCUAUGUUCAGGAAGAUUUUCACGACAGACGAAAAUGAGAAGCUGAACAAGGCAUUCGCUUGUUACCUCUCAACAGCCACUGGCCCUGUCGCCGGAACUCUCUACUUAUCCACAGCUAGGGUUGCAUUUUGCAGCGAUCGUCCCUUGUCGUUCACCGCUCCGUCGGGGCAGGAGACUUGGAGCUAUUAUAAGGUUAUGAUACCUUUGGCGAAAAUAGGAGCGGUGUAUCCGGUGGUGAUCAAAGAAAACCCGACGCCGGAGAGUUAUAUCGAACUCAUUACCGUCGACAGCCAUGAUUUCUGGUUUAUGGGAUUCGUUAAGUUUGAGAAAGCAUCGUCUCAGCUUUUAAACAUUGUGCAGGAUUUCAAAGCAACUGAGCAAAAUCUAGCUCAACCACCGCUUGUCUAGCACAUAUAUAUAUAUAUAUAUGAUAUA